AUGGCGAAAUCCAUGGCGAGCAAAAAGCGUUCACUUCCAGUCGACUACACACAGCUGCAUUCUCUCUCUUCGGUUGUUUUAUACGACACCUCAUUCAAGAAAUCUAGGGGGAAACUGUACGACGUCGAGAGAAUCAUUGAGCGUCGAAAGACAAGAUAUGUAAGUUUUUCUUUAUACUAUUUAUUUCACGAACUUUUGAAGGGCCAUUUCGCUAGAAUCGGUCUUACAUGGGUUUCUUUUGCUGGUCUUCGACGGGUUUGUUUUGCCGCUCUUACACGGGUUUAUUUUAUCGGUCGUCUUCAAUGGGUUUUCUUUUUCCUGCCUUAGACGGGUUUAUUUUGCCGGUCUUACACGUGUUUAUUUUUCCUAGUCUUACAAGGGUUUAUUUGAUUUUUCCUGUCUUAAGACGGGUUUAUUUUGUCAGUCGUCUUCAACGGGUUUCUUUUUCCUGUCUAACACAUAUUUAUUUUGCCGAUAUUGUUUUCUUUUGGGGUCAUCCACUAGAUUAUUUUAUACUCUUUGCAAAGUUGAGGUGAAUAAAUUACCUUGUCUAUCUUGCCUUUUUAUUAUUUGCAUAACAGGACCAUGAAUACUUAAUAAAAUGGAAAGGCUGGCCGCUGCAAGACUGUUCGUGGGAGCCGUCAGAAAACCUAACUGAGGCCUUAAUUAGGUAAGAAUACAUGUUAAAGUUGUUUUUUUUUUUAUUAUCAGCAACAUAAACAUUAAUUUUAAUAAAUCUUUGCCAGCAUUCUUUUAUUAUUCAAUAUUAGGGAAAUCUGCAUUUAGAGAUUUCACUUGUAAAAGCUUUACAUGAAGUUUUAGAAGCACAAAAAGGUUAUUAUUUUUAUUUUUUUAUUUAUUUAAUUUCUUAGGAGCUAUGAAAAACCAUUCAAGCCAAGUGAAGAGAGACUGCAAGAAGCAGCUCACAACUUUUCAACGGCAAUCCUCUCAGCAUUGAAGAGUUCUUCGGUGUCUCCAUUUUAUGUGCACAUGCAUCUGGAUGUGUGGAGGUUCCUUUCUUACAAGAAAGGGACAGCUUCACAACAUAGAGGACAGGUUUUGUAUUGUAAAAAUGACUUUGUUAGAUUUACUACAUUGCCAAUGUACUGGUGGUACUAUUUAGACAUGCAUGGAGAAGGGAAAGCAGUGGAUUUUCCACUGAAGAUUAAGCCUGUCCUGACGUGGUCCCCUGCUCACCACUACAGGAAAGGAGGCAAGCUUGUCCAGGCCUCUCAAUUCCCGAUGGAGAAGUUAUGUAUUACACUGAUCAAGCGGGCAUGUGACAUUGACAACCUUGAUGAAGUACAGUGA